GUACUUUUUGUAUGGAACCAUUGUUAGCCGGCUGGGGUCUGGCGCCCGCAUUACCACCGCUUCAACAUCGUCGCAUGCUGUGAAUGUUCGUCGCCUCUAUGGAAAUUCCCCCUUGCUAUGGCUGCACCGAGCAGACCAUAUGAAAUCCGACCGGUGCUGGUACGCCGUGAUGUUCCAAGGAUGGCAGCUGCGUUCAUCGUAGCUGAGGAUCGUGAUGAAAAGGUUAGGGAUACGAACAAGCGCAGAGGCGCGACAAGACUUCAACAAUCGGAUGCGAUCAUGAACGGAACGUGGGAAGGACAGCCGCCCAAAUCACCACCACAACCGACAACUCUACCCACCGAGACGGAGAAAAUACUGUCAUCGCGGACCGAACAGUUCUCAUCUCUAGCCAUGCCGACGCCUGUCGGUACAGAAGAAACGAUCCUCCAAGCUAUAUCUAUACCCUCGAUAUCAACGGAUGCUACCUUGACUGCUCUGCCUGAGCUGGUAGCGUCUGCCGUCAGACCCACCCUCACCGCCCAAGCCGAUGUCAAUAUCAAUGGAACAAGUACCAUACGAGCGGCUUCGACUACGGUGCCAGCAUUUCUUGUAGACUCUGGCGCGAAGAUAAAUGAGGAAGCGCUUCCAGGCAUGAAUCAAGAGGACCCAUUGUUAGUGACGGUUCCCGGAAUGAAUCAAGAGGAUCCUCUCUUGGUGACCGCACCCGCAGUAACGCCGACCGCAGCUCCUGAAAGUUCGUUAGCGACCCCUUCGACUUCUGCGAUGACAGUAGAGAAGCCUAUGCCAGGGAAGAAGCAACCGAAACCUACAGCAGAUGCUGCAGUAGCCUCAUUGACAAUCCUGAGUGAUUCUGCUUCGACUAUCGCACAGACUUCGUCAACCACGAGCGCAACCAUCUCGAGUACCAUCGAUGUCUCUACGGUUUCUUUCUCUUUACCGCCCACAUUGACUAUCUCUACUUCGUCGUCCACAGAAUCUUCGACAACGACAAGCUCCUCAACGCUGCCUCCUGUUCUUACUUUUGUCACGAUUACAAGAACUGCACAAGGCAAAGAAGAUGCUCAAACAACUACACAAACCGUGCCCGCUCCACUAGCUGUCACUGCACCACAAUCGGCAUCCUCAUCGCUUUCGGCAUCCUCUUUAGUAGUUGGAUCGGCUACACCUUCGAGCCUGGCUACAGCCGUCAGUGUCGAGCCGCAGAGCGGCUUGACACCUCUAGCAAGAUCUUUAUUCAUCCUUUUCGGCGUUCUUGGAUUUAUUGCCAUCCUUAUUGCUUUGGGUGUAGUCUGGGUAAUGAGAUCGAACAGAAGACGUGCGCAAGCAGCUCGACAACAAGCCGCUCAGAACCCCGCCCAGGAGACUGAAGAAUACGAUGGCUACGGCAACACGAUACACAUUUCUUCCAACAACUCCAUCAAGACUUUCCUCACUGAGAGCGAGAAGGCCAUUGUAAACCGUGCCGCUACGCCAGACGGUGACACAGACGUAAGUUUACUUGGUUCCAUGAACAACCAUCGCGAUAUUAAUGGACUCCUACAGGCAAGCGCGAAGUCGUCCCACCACCUCACCGACGCCAUCAACUCCUUUAUAACUAAAUCACGUCGCCUGACUUACAAAAUAUCGCCUUAAACAAAUCGCUCUACACGCUGUACUCGGGGUGGAAUCAACACAUGCUUGAACUUGUCGCCAGCACAACCUAGUACUGUAAUCGGUUGCGGGACUUGUAAUCUACUGUAAAUAGCAUGAUAGACUGUAUAUAAAAUGGUUGUUGCCUUUCCAAAUGUUCGUUAUCAGUGCGGUGUGCAUAAUGAACAUGUAACGUGCGCAGUUAGAGGUACACUCAAAUUUCAGAUGGUGAAUGUCAACCCCCAAAUAGAAGAGACAUACCAGGCCUUGCUAGACGUCGGCUGAAAGGCUGUGGAAUAUUCUAGUCUGAAUGCAGCCACGCAGCAUUGUAGCACGAUGAGGCUGAUAAGC